AUGGCGAAUCACCUGUACGGCUACAACCCUACUAGCUAUGGAGGUGCUGCCAAUCUGAGCAGCGUCUAUACAUCGAGAUCAGUCGCCGAUCCCUACCUGUCGGCUGACUCUUCAUUGCUGAGCUCUUCCAGAUACCUUACCUCGGACAUCCUUUCUUCGUCCUCAGCCUCCAACUUAUCAUCCAUCUAUUCCUCCAUCAUCAGCGACAGAGGUCCCUCCUCCAUGCUCUUCUCCCACACCGACGCUCUCGCCGGCGGUUAUUCGGUGGCGACCGGCAAUAGAGUUCCUGGUGUUUCUGUUACUACGGGAUCCUGGCUCGGGCCGCCCGGUGUUGAUGUCGGCGCUGCUGCUGCUUCUUCUUUGGAUCCUCGUCUUGCCGGACUCAAGCGGCCGGCCUCUGAAGCGCUCUAUCCUCAGACUGUCUUGGGUGCCCAUAACACUAUUGGGCAAAGUGAAGCUUGGUUGUCUACCAACCUUUUAGCCAAACGCCCUAGAUUCGAGAAUGCAAGCAGUUUGCCUAUUUAUCCGCAGAGGCCUGGAGAGAAGGACUGUGCCCAUUAUAUGCUCACAAGAACCUGUAAGUUUGGAGAUAGCUGCAAGUUUGACCAUCCUAUUUGGGUUCCAGAGGGUGGAAUCCCAGAUUGGAAAGAGGUGCCACUUAUUGCUACGAGUGAAUCCCUUCCAGAAAGACCAGGGGAGCCAGAUUGUCCUUAUUUUCUGAAGACUCAAAGGUGCAAGUUUGGUCUUAGAUGCAAAUUUAACCACCCGAAAGAUAAGAUGGCUUCUUUGGGUGUCCCUGAGAGUGCUGAUGUUUCUGUCUUACCCCAGAGGCCAUCUGAGCUUCCAUGUGCGUUCUAUGUGAAGACUGGAACAUGUAAAUUUGGUGCCACCUGCAAAUUCCAUCACCCAAAAGAUAUUCUGAUACCAUCAGCUGGACAAGAGAAUGGCAGUGGUGAGCAGAUUCAAGCAAUUAAUGAUGAAAUGGCUGGAGAUUUGGAGCUAGUUAAACCUCUUUUUACCCCAGCAUUGUUGCAUAAUUCCAAAGGCCUUCCCAUCAGACCGGGUGAAGGGGAUUGUCCAUUCUACCUGAAAACAGGCAGUUGCAAGUAUGGUGCCACUUGUCGCUACAAUCAUCCGGACCGAAAUGAGAUCAACCCGCCUGCUGUUGCUAUCGGCCCUGCGAUUUUAGCCUCUCCUGCGACUCAUUUAAACAUUGGCGUUGUUAAUCCAGCUGCCUCUAUCCUGCAAACUAUUGACCCAAGGCUGAGUCAGACUACGCUUGGGUUGGCUCCAACUAUCUACCCACAACGACCUGGACAAAUCGAAUGUGAUUACUAUAUGAAAACUGGGAUAUGUAAGUUUGGGGAGAGGUGCAAAUUUCAUCACCCUAUUGAUCGGUCAUCACCCACACUGUUAGCAAAGGAAACACAGCAACAACAUGUUAAGCUCACUCUUGCUGGCCUACCUAGGAGAGAGGGCGCCAUUAACUGUCCAUACUAUAUGAAGACUGGCACAUGCAAGUAUGGUCCAACAUGCAAGUUUGACCACCCACCUCCCGGAGAGGUCAUGGCUAUGGCAACAUCGCAAGGGACAUCAACAUCUGUUGGGGAAGAAGGGGAAGAAGAAAAAUAG